AUGAGUGGUUCAGCUGGGUCGACCGGCUCAAGUGAAGUCUCGCUGGCUAAGGAAGCCCUUGAUGAGAAGAAACACAUCAAUGGCGUGACAGCGGAUGUGCAAAGUGGUGGCGUCGACGUGGAGAAUAUUCUAAGUACAGUGAUUUCUCCUAGCGGCAAGGAAGUUGUUAUUCGGGAGAAGGACGUGGACGAUGCCAUGAGAUUGGCGGAUGAGGCCAAGAAUUUGAUUGUCACGCCGGAGGAAGAUCGUAGACUUUGCUGGAAGAUUGAUUUGUGUAUGUUUCCGCUGAUGUGCUUGCUGUACGCCGUGCAAUUCAUGGAUAAAAUUUCCACCAGUUCUGCUGCUAUCAUGGGUCUAAGAGAAGAUUUACACAUGCAUGGUAAUCAAUACUCGUGGGUCGGAUCUGCGUUUUAUUUCGGUUACCUGUUCUUCAAUCUCGGGCCUGGUCAGUAUAUUUUCCAAAAGACGAAAAAAAUGUCAAAACUGCUUGCCGUUUUCAUUAUUAUUUGGGGGUUGAUUUUAGCACUACAUGCUGCACCAACAGUUAACUAUGCUUCUUUCAUCUUCUUAAGGGUGCUGUUGGGAUGUGCCGAAAGUAUGGUUACUCCAUGUUUCACAAUUAUCACUUCUCAAUACUGGAAACAGGAGGAACAAUUCACGAGAAUUUCCAUUUGGUUCGGUAUGAACGGUUUGGGUUCCAUUAUGCUUAGUGCAAUCGCUUACGGCCUGUACAUCAGGAAUGGUACUUAUUCGAUUGAAUCAUGGAAAAUUCUUUUCAUCAUUACGGGUGUUAUUACUAUAGUCCUUGGAUUCUUGAUUGGAUUCUGGAUCCCUGAUGAUCCAACUAACGCUCGUUUCCUGACCGAAAGAGAAAAACUAAUGGUUAUAGCAAGAAUCAGAUCAAAUCAACAAGGUUAUGGUAAUCAUAAAAUCAAAAAGCAUCAGAUUCUUGAAGCCGUGAAAGAUAUCAGAACUUGGUUAUACUUCUUAUUUACGGUCAGUUCAAACAUUCCAAAUGGUGGUAUCACAAAUUUCAUGUCUAUCCUUUUGCACUCGGAUUUCGAUUAUUCUUCUAGAGAUAGUUUACUAAUGACGUUACCAACAGGUGCUGUAGAACUUGUUGGUUGCCCUCUAUUUGGCAUCCUUGCAAUGUACUCGGUUAACAGGCGUUACCCAAUUUUGAAACAUAAGCUAACAUGGGCCUUAUUUUCUGCGGUAUUAGCUUUGAUUGCUAGUUGUAUGUUAGGCUUUGCCAAUAGUAGUAAGAGUGCAAGACUAGCUGGUGCCUAUUUAUGGUACAUUUCCCCAGUCUCAUUCAUUUGUGUUUUAGCUAAUAUAAGUGCAAAUUCCUCUGGUUACACCAAAAAAUGGACAGUCUCCUCCAUUAACUUGGUUGCUUAUGCAGCAGCAAAUUUGGCUGGUCCACAAACAUUUGUCUCUACUCAGGCUCCUGGUUAUCAAGGUGCAAAAAUCGCUAUGGUGGUUUGUUACGCUUGUAUGAUAGUUAUCCUCGGUGUUCUUUUCUUUGUUAACUGGAGGGAAAACAAAAGGCGUGAUAAGCUUGCUGCUGAGAGGGGCAAAGAUGAAUCUUUUGAGAAUACAGAAUUCGCCGAUCUAACCGACUUUGAAAAUCCUAAUUUCAGAUACACUCUAUAA